AUGGACGAAAAUGAAACCAAAAAGGAACACACCCUCAUUACUUUUCUGUCGUAUCGUGGUCCUACAAAGCUGCAAGUUGAUGCUAAUCCUUGGCUUCAUCACCCUCCCAUAUCUCCUAAAAACCCCCAUAUUUGCUACAGUCAAUCUCAAAACUCUCCUGGAUUUCUCUCAAUAUCUGACAUGGAAAUUAGUGGUAUUAUCCCUUACAAUAAUGUAUCAGCUCAAGUUUCUGUUCUAGCUUGCAUGUCUGAUUCUAAUUCUGGAGAUGAUCUCUGUGAUGAUUUAAAAGUAGCAAAGAGUACAAGAUAUAUGAUAAAUGUCAUGCUGUUUGCUGCUGCUGGUGGCAGUAUCCCACCGCAAUCCCACCAUAACAUAGACCUGUCUUGCCCAUACAAUUAUGGUUUCAGUCUCAGUGCUAUUAUGUACAGAACUCACACCCACAACCUAGGCCGGUUUGUUUCAAUGUGGGUAGACCACAGAAACACCUGGACUCUACUUGCCUCUGAGAACAAUACAAAUGCCAUUGUACAACUCUCUGAACCAUUCCACAUACGAGUCAAUGACACACUGAAUGUGCGGUGUACCUAUGAUACUCAUGGGGUAAAUACAGCAACUUAUAUCGGAGAAAGUGGUGAGAUGUGCAACUUCUACUUGUAUUACAUCACCAACGCCACAGCGGGGAGAGAAAUCAGAGAUUGUUUUAUAGAAAAGAAAUUCACCCCUCCCUACAGUAGGGAGGGGGAGUUUUAUCAUCAGCUACCCAGGCGUCGUGUUACCUUCGAAACAAACCUGGAAUUGUUGGCAAGUUGGUCCCUUCAGGCCCAGAGCAUUCAGGGGAACUUAGGAAUCUGUAAUCUUGAGCAUGAGGGUACUAUCCUCGUCAUCUUGGAAAGGUAUUCGGAACAUUUCUCACAAGAUAAGGACUGGUUUGAUGCGGAAAAUGUGUUGAUAGACUUUAGAAGUGUCAUCAAAACAAAUGCUUUGACAGUGUUUUCUAUGCAUAAUAACACCGUUCUGCACGGUGCUGGAGCUAAUCGUUUUUACCUUCCAACUGGGCUUUAUCUGUCAGCUGAGGGUGAACUUUUCAUAACAGAUCUUGGUUUACACCAAGUUGUUAAAUUCAGUCAUGUUAAGUUCAAUCCGAGUGAAGGACCAGAACUAGUAUUAGGAACUGCCUUUGACCCAGGUAAUGACAGCACUCAUUUCUGCAAGCCAACAUCAGUGCUUACAGACCGUGAAGAGAAUAUCUAUGUGGGAGAUGGACUGUGUAACACUAGAAUUGUCAAGUUUGAGGACGACGGUUACUACGUAGGCUCAUAUGGAACACCGUCAUCUAAAAGAGGACUACCGGGGACUUUUGGGGAGAUAACUGAUCUUGCACUGGACACUACAAGAGAGGUAGUACUGGCACUUGACAACCAGCUGCUACAAAUCCAGGUUAUGGACUUUAGCGGAAACUUCUAUCAAGUUAUUGACGUCUCCCGGUACAAGAACGUGCUGAAGAUAUGCUAUUCUCCUGACAUGGACGCUAUCCUGGUAUUAACUUCAUAUGGGCUGGAGAGUGACAUCUUUAUCUUAGACCCCGUCACAGGAAUGGAACUUAACUUUAUCUCUGGAAGAACUAGAAGUUUCUCUGCAAUAACUGUCAUCCCAGGAAACAACACUGUUCUAGUUGGAGACAGGUCAGGAAGGAUAACAAUGUACUCGGACAGCAACAGAGUUACUAAUGAUGUAUACGAGAACCCCAACUCUAAAGUUCACGAGUUCUCUGCUCCAGAAUCCAAGGUUUCGGACGGGAAACUAACACAACUGUCACCCCUGAUCCACUUCCUGUACAAACCAGGCCUGACUGAUCUUGAAGAACCUCCCAAGGGUCGCCGCCACAAGUUUAGCCGCAGACUCACUAUGAUCGUCAGCGCGUCAGCUGUGGCUGUUCUGUUCUUCAUUGUGGCGAUUGUUUUCACGAUUCGUACCGAGGAAUGA